AAACAUCAAUUGUUAUCGAUUGAAAAUAAGCUGUAAAACUGACAAAAUGAAAGACGGACGUACUGGUGAUGAUCACUGUAGUCCUGAUAUUACUCAAUACUCUAUAGGAUGUGAUGAUUCAACUGAUAUAUUAAAAUGUAAAUGUGAUUCUCCCUAUACAUGGAAUUAUGAUAAAGAAAUUUGUGAUUACAAAAUAAGCUGCAAAACUGAUUUAAUGAAAGACGGCAAAACAGGUGACGAACACUGUAAGCCUGAAUAUACUAAAUAUUCCAUAGGAUGUGAUGAUUCAACCGGUCUAUUGAAAUGCAAAUGUGAUUCUCCCUAUACAUGGGAUUACGAUAAAGAAAUUUGCGCUUACAAAAUAAGUUGUAAAAUUAACAAAAUGAAAGACGGCAAAACAGGUGACGAACACUGUAUGCCUGAAAUCACCAAAUAUUCCAUAGGAUGUGAUGAUUCAACCGGUGUUUUGAAAUGCAAAUGUGAUUCACCCUAUAGUUGGGAUUACGAUCAAGAAAUUUGUAAAUAUUUGGACAAUAAAUGUGAUACAACAUUAAUGAAAGAUGGAAAAACAGGUUCAGAUCAUUGUAAAGAUACGGUUACACCACAUUCAACAGGUUGUGAUGAUACGGGAGGUAUAGUUAAAUGUAUAUGUGAUUCAACCACACAAUGGGAUAGUUAUAGUCAAACUUGUAAAGAUACACUAAAACAAUGCGAUACACAGAAAAUGAAAGUAAAUAAAUUUAUUUUAUAUUUUUAA